UUGAAUUUUUUAAAUAAAUAACAAAUGUCAUGUUUGUAUUGUUAUUAUUAAAUAUAAUAUUACUUAUUAUUGUUUAAUCAUUUUGAAGAAUUAUAUAUUUGAAAAAAUUAUUAAAACGCCGUUAUGAACAUGAAUAUUUAUACAAUUUAUGCAAGUGAUUUGGUAAGCUAUGCAAAAAAAGAAGAACAAAUUUUGAAUUUAAAAAAUGAAAAUGCUGAAGAUAAUUAUUCGAUACCUGACAAUGAGGGUAUAUCAAAAUUAUGUUUUAAUGAAACAUUGACUAUAUGGAAUGAAAAAGAAGAAGAAGUAGGAGAAUUUGUUGGUAAAAUACGGAAAAGUCACUUAAAUACUAAUCCUUCAACUUUAAUGAUAAAUUUAAAUUCGACCAAUAUUUCCGAACAUGGUAAAGAAAUAGGAUUGAGUGUAAUAACUACCACCACCGUAAAUUUUCUUUCUUACGAAGAAAAAUGGUCACAAUGGCAAUCUGAGGAAUCUGAAAUGACACAUAAAACAGUUUUAAUUUCGAAUAAAAACAAUGAUGGACGGGUACAAAUUUACACGGAUUUAAACAACAGUGAAUUAAUUGAUCAAACCAAAAACAUAAAAUUAAAACAAAUUAAGAAUGUGUUAACCGAGGGUAUGAACUAUGCUUUCCUCCGACACCUUGCAAUAAUAGGAUUUGAGGGCACCAUCAAGAAUAAAAAAGCUGUAACCAUUAAUGGAACAUUAUGUAAAACAAUAUACGAAUGUUCAUUAAAAGACAAUUACAAAAUUAAUGAAGUGUCUAUACCAGUCGUAAUUAUAAAGAGGAUUUUACAAUUAGGAAAAUCUUUUAAAACUCCAAUUACACAUAUGACGACUAUCUUAACCCGCUUGGGUUAUAUAUUACAACAUUCAUGGGGUAAAAAGUUUGAUAAAAAACUUAAGAUCAAUAAGUCAAUGCGAAUCACAAAAGAUGGUUUUGUUCAUAACGACACUAUGUUACACCUAAAAAAUAACUGGGAACAAGAUGUUCGUUUUAAAUCUAUGUAUCUAGAUAAAGUGUCUGAAAUGAAAAUGAAGUACAACACUUAUAUAAAAAAUCACAGUGAUGUGAAAGAUAUGAUCAUUGAUUACGUAAAAAAUAUACUAUUAGCCAAGCCAGAUGAUGUAUUACAGUUUUCAAUCGAUCACUUUAAACAGUUCUAAAGAAUUUUUAAUACUGAAUUAAUUUUGUUACAUGAAAUUAUGAUAAUAAUAUUGGUCAUUAUUACGCAUCUAUAAUAA